AUGUCUUCCCCGCCAACACCACCCGCGGCGAAGCAGGCAGAGGAGCAGAAGCAGACGCACAAGGACAAAGUCCUCGCGCAGGCGACCGCGAAGCUCCAAGAGGCACAAAAAGAGACGGAAGCCGCGCAGGCGCUUCGCGAGCGGGCCGAGGCGACCGAGGACCCGGAGGAGAAGAAGAAGACGUUGGCCGAGGCCGCGGAGCACGAGAAAAAGGCACAGGGCUCGGCGAAGCAGUCGAAGCGGCUGCAGAGCGGCGUGUGGCAGGGCGGCAUCGGCGGCGCGGGCAUCGGGGCCGGGCUCGGGACCGGAUUGGGCGCCGGCGUCGGCACGUUGGUGGGGGCCGUUGUCGGCGGCGUCACGGCGAUCCCUACAACGGGGCUGGGGCUUUUGGUCGGUGCCGGGACCGGUGCGAUUCAUGGCCCUUGGUACAAGUUGGAGCAGGAGAAGAAGGAGGCUGAGGAGGCAGAGGCCGCUGGGGAUGGAGAAGAGGAUGGAGAAGGCGCCGAGAAGGACGUCAAAGCCGGUUGA